AUGAAGUUCUCAACCACUCUUCUCUCUCUCCUCCCCGCAGCCCUCACCCUUGCUGCCCCAUCGGGUCUCGAGCGUCGCCAGUCUUCCGGUUCCUCUAGCCUCUCCUACGACCCCCGCUAUGACGUCGGGGGAACCUCCCUCAACGAUGUUUCCUGCUCUACCGGUGACUUCGGUCUGAUCACUGAGGGCUUCACCGACUUCCAAUCCCUCCCAACCUUCCCGCUCAUCGGAGGCACACCUACCAUCGCCGGAUUCAACAGCCCGCAAUGCGGUGCUUGCUACGAGGUCUCAUACACCUCCGCCACCGGCGCCAGCAACUCGAUCACUAUAAUUGGCAUUGACGCCUCUCCCGGUGGUUUCAACGUUGGCCAGCAGGCCAUGGACACGCUGACCGGAAACCGCGCUGUGGAACUCGGCCGUGUCGAUGUUACUUGGACCCAGGUUGGCCGGGACCGCUGUGGAUUGACUCCUCGCAAGUAG